AUGGCGCCUAAAGACGUGUACACCACACUCCACGACACAUUGGGCAAGGACAAAGUCGCAGCACCGCAGCCGGGCGAGCUGAAAUACUUCACCGCCCAAUCGGCAGCCCUGGUCCCCGCUGUCCAAGUAUUCCCGGAAGACGCGAAAGAUAUCGUCACCAUCCUCCAGACCGUGCGGGACCAGCAGAUCCCGUUCGCCGUGAAAGCGGGCGGACAUGGCGUCUACGCUGGCGCAUCGAGCAUCCAGGAUGGCAUCUUAAUUGAUCUGAGCAAGAUCGACGGGGUGAAAGUGGCCCCUGAUCGCAAGUCCGUGUUCGUCGGCGCAGGGGCAAAGUGGGGGGACGUCUACGGCAGACUUGACACGCAGGGAGUCAGUGUGCCUGGGGGCCGUAUAUCGACUGUCGGCGUUGGUGGCUUGACCCUUGGAGGAGGCAUCUCCUUCGCAGCCAGCCGGUUUGGGCUUGCGUGUGACAAUGUCAAGAGCUACGAGCGGGUCGUCCUCGCCGACGGCAACAUCGUCACCGCCACACGCGAAUCCCAUCCCGACCUCUUCUGGGCUCUCCGCGGCGCAGGCACGAAUUUCGGGGUCGUGACGACAUUCGAGUUCGCCGCGUUCGAGCAGGGCCGGAUCUGGGGCGGGGUGAAACAGUAUCUCGAAGACUCGGAGGCGGAGACGAUCGCCCUGCUGGACCAGUUCUGUAAAAACCAAGAUCCCUCUUCGUCGUCCGCUGAUAUCUACGCCGAAGCCUUCAUCAUCACGGCCUACGUCGCGCCGAUGGGCAAAUUCGUCACCACGGCGGUUCUGUCACAUGGUCAACCGCGGGAAGAUCCGCCCGUGUUUGACGGGUUCAAGGCCUUGCCGUCGAUUGCGUCGUCGACCAGGGUCCGCAGCAUCGCGGACUUGUCUGUCGAGUUGAACGCGAAUAAUCCCCAUGGGCUGAGCGACGUGGGCGUCCUCAACCAAGUCAUGGCGAUUUACAAGGACAUUAUCAACCCACACAGAGAUACUGUGAAGGACUUUGUGCCCGCGAUCUUACUACAGCCUCUCCUUCCGCGAAUGCUUCCGUCGGACGAGACCGAGAAUCCGUUGGGCAUCAGCAGGAAAGAUGGACCUCUGUUCGACCCCUCGGACGACGAUCUCGUCGAAUCCCUCGCACGGACAUUCACCCAGCGCGUGACGGCGACAGCGACAGCACAGAACAAGUUCCACCGGUACGUCUACCUCAACUACGCGGCGGGCGAUCAGGACGUGUUUGCCAGCUACGGCGAGGAGAACCUGACGAGACUGGUGCGGGUCAGCGAGAAAUAUGAUCCGCAGGGUGUCUUUACGACGUUGAGGUCCGGCUACAUCAACUUGGCGAGGAGUGGGCACCGGAAAUGA